AUGGAUAUUGAUAUCUCCGACAUUUUGGCCUCUGUAACACGCACAGUGCCAGGGGACCCAUCGUCAUCGUCAUCGUAUCUCGACACGGAUGCCUCAACAGAUCACCAGCUACUCACGCGGUCUUGGGUCUCCGAACGAUGCGCGCCAGACCUUCUCCCAUAUCCGACAAAGUUAAUGCAACGAAUCAUGUCGCGCGUCCAACAGCAAAUCAACACCAUCGAAGACCUUGCCAGCGGCAUGGGCGACGGAUUUGAUGGAGGCAGCGCAACUAAGGGGACUUCGCGGCAGAAUGCGAAUCUUACCCUCUCCAUUCUUCAGACAGACCUGAGCCGGACGCAGUUCCUGGUCAGGAGCUUCUUGAGGCAGCGGCUGGCGAAGAUGACGAAAUUCGCCAUGUUCUACUUGUCGAGCUUGGAUGUGGACGAGAAGAACAUCUAUCUCAGCCCCGCGGAGACGCAGUUUCUCACGAAUCAUCAGGCGCUUUUGUCGCAGUUCUACCAUGCGAGUUUUCUCUCUGCGUUCCCUGCCGGGUUGAGGCGAUUGGACGAUCCGAGCGGUGGUGUGCCGAUGGUGGAGGGCCCGGACGGGGCGACGGCCGUGGUGGUAAGGUGUUUGCUGCCCGAGGGCUGGGGAAAUGAUGCGGAAGUGGAUGAGAGAAGGGAUGAUGGCGCUAGCGUUGAGUUGAGGAUGGGACGUGGCGAGGUAUGGGUGGUCAGGUGGAAGGACGUGAGGAGGGGUGUGGAACGAGGCGAUCUGGAGCUUUUAUGA